CUGGUAAUCUUCUGCGACGGCACACAUUUUGUUGCCUGAGGUCACAGGGUAGUGAUAGACAUUUGUGUUCCCGUUGUGAAGGUCCUUCGGGCGGGUAGGUGGCGUGCCCACGGGGCUCCUGCUGGCUACCACUCUGUUGCAGGUGCCCGGGCGCUGUGCUCUCGCUGCCCCUGAUCCUUCACCAACAACAACAACAUGUCUAUACCAGACAAGUCUUGGCAGCCUCCCUUUGUUGUCCUGGAAACCUCAAUGGGAGAGGUCACUCUUGAGCUUUAUUGGAAACACGCUCCAAACACUUGCCGGAAUUUUGCCGAGUUAUCGCGUCGUGGGUAUUACAAUGGCUGCAAAUUCCAUCGAAUUAUCAGAGACUUUAUGAUACAAGGUGGUGAUCCAACAGGCACUGGACGAGGUGGUGCUUCAAUAUAUGGUAAGCACUUCAAUGAUGAGAUCCACGAUGAACUAAAACAUACUGGGGCUGGCUUACUGUCUAUGGCUAAUGCAGGACCUAACACUAAUGGAUCACAGUUCUUUGUCACCCUUGCUCCUACACAGUGGCUUGAUGGGAAGCAUGCUAUAUUUGGUCGUGUGUCAGCUGGAAUGCAGGUGGUAAAGAGAAUGGGCCUGGCUGAAACAGAUAACAAUGAUCGGCCAGUGGAUCCAGUUAAGAUCAAACGCUGUGACUCGUACAUCAGGCUUCAAGCAGCCCCAUCAAAUAACCUGGUUGAUUAGAUCAACAACCAGGAGGCCUGGUGAGAGACUGGGCCAUGGGAACAUUGAUCCUUGGUAUCAAUAACAGGUAGGUUACGUUUUGACAAUACACACUUAACUUGUGGACAUUUACAGCAACAUCGCCCUGCUCCUCAUUGUCCCAUUUACAGUCGUGCACCUCUUUGUGGAAUGUCCCGCUUUCCUGUCUUUUGAGGUCAUUCAAAAUCUUUGGUGAAUCCGAUACCUUUGAUAACGCUCGCCUUAUGUGCGUUUGUUCUUGUAAUGGCAUUGUCAGUGAUAUUUAGCGCCUUUUACAUAUCCAGCGACACUGAUGGUAUUACAUAUUGCCCUCUUUUGAUAAUUACUUAUUUAUAUCAUAGGUGUAAAACCCAAACAAUAAUAAUUAAAAACAACACACGACAAUAUCCGUAUUACCCCGAGCAUCAACUCAUGACGAUAACCACUCGUCAAUGGUUAAAAAAAACUUGUGCAAGUGUGUUCUUCCCAGGCCUAUUGAUUUGGCUAGGACAAAACUAGCACAAACAGUUAAUUAUUUUGAAUUUUGUAUUUCAUAGGUGUGUAUCAGAUAAGUUAUGUAAGGCAAUGGUGUCAUCAGUGCCAAUAAAACCAUUAUA